AUACUGAAAUGAAAGAUACUGAAAUGAAAGAAACUGAAAUGAAAGAUACUGAAAUGAAAGAAACUGAAAUGAAAGAUACUGAAAUGAAAGAAACUGAAAUGAAAGAUACUGAAAUGAAAGAUACUGAAAUGAAAGAUACUGAAAUGAAAGAAACUGAAAUGAAAGAUACUGAAAUGAAAGAAACUGAAAUGAAAGAUACUGAAAUGAAAGAAACUGAAAUGAAAGAUACUGAAAUGAAAGAUACUGGAAUUAAAGAUACUGAAAUGAAAGAUACAUCACCUGAAGUUGAAGAUUAUAUAAAAAUCAGUGAAAAAAUUGAAUUGGCAAAGAAAAUUGAAAUUAAGUUGUUAACUCAAAGUAAGGACAUGAAAAUUAUUUUUAAUCAUAAAAUCAAUAUUUACAAAUUUAACAAAAAAAUUGUUUUUGUUAAGACAGUCAUAGGAUAA